AUGAAAUACUUAGCUGCUUACUUGUUAUUGGUCCAAGGUGGUAAUGCCUCACCAUCUGCCAAGGACAUCACUUCCAUCUUGGAAUCCGUCGGUGUUGAAGUUGAAGAGUCAAGAUUGACCGCUUUGUUGAAAGAGUUGGAAGGUAAGGACAUCAACGAAUUGGUUGCCGAAGGUAACACCAAGUUGGCUUCAGUCCCAACUGGUGGUGCUUCAGUUGGUUCAGGUGCUAGUGCCUCAGCUGCUGCUGGUGGUGCUGCUGAAGAAGCUGCUGAAGAGGCCAAGGAAGAAGAGAAGGAAGAAUCCGACGACGACAUGGGAUUCGGUUUAUUCGAUUAA